UGCUCCGCGAAUUUGUAUUAAAUAAUAUUUACUUGCUGAACAAUGUCUGCAAAUGCAGCGCUAAGCUCAAGACUUGAGUAGUGAAUAAUAUUUCUCAAAGCAAGUGACAGUGCCUCUCUCCUGGCGUUGGUGUUCACCACUGCUUCCGGUGCGUUUAGAAGUGAUCAAAAUGGCCAACACAGGGCCGGCCUUGCCUCCAUGCUCGUUGCAGGAGCAGUUUGAACGAUCGAUGCGAUUAAACUCUUCGCCUUAUUCAUCUCAGGAUAAUAACUAUCGCCGCCGCCAGUGUCGGAGUGGGAGUUCGACGCCUACCUCGACCCCAGCACUGAGUCGAAGGGCAACUCCACCUUACUCCCGACACUCCACACCGUCCACGCCCAUAUUCAGUCGAAAAUCAACCCCGCCCUGCACCCGACACACCGGCCCCUCCAGUCGAACCCGUCUUCUGGGUGUCCCAAGACAGUCCUCGGAGUCACUGGCAGGCUCCGUGGCCAGCAGUCGAGCUAGCACGCCCUCGAGGUCGACCCGAAGACACCACAGCAGAAGUUGCUCCCCACGCCCGCAAUCCGAAUCAGACGCCCUAGAGUCGCCGGUGAUUCAGCAGGAAGCCUUCACGCGCGCCAUCCUGUAUCCUUCGUCCCUCCAUCGGAACCUGCGUCUCGCCGCCAUGGUCUUCGUGAUGGCGCACGUGUCCUUUAAGACGCUUGUUCCAUGGGCCCUCAGCCCCAUCCUCAGCAGGAUUUCGUUCGACUGGACUCCUCGCUCCAUCAGCGUCGGCAUUCCGUAGCGUGCAAGCGCCUAAGGCUUAAUUCCCUGGAAGAGGUGGGAGGCGGGGCGCUUUCCGUAUGUCAAGAUAUUUUCGGAAGGAGAACCAGGACAUCCUGAUCCGGCUGCAGGGGCCCUCGCACGGCCUCAACACAACCGUCCCGCCCACCGACGCUGGCUUCGACCCCACCCAGUCCUGAGGUCUCCACGACGCCUAGACUUCACCCUUUCUGUUCUCCCGCUACCAGUUAGCGUGGACUCCUGCGGCAGCCCGAAAGCGCGAUGUAUUGAAAGCAAUAUCAGCCUCGAAUCCAAGACCUGGGUCGUCGCGUGGCCGACCGCCUCCGCCGCUUCGCACUUCGGAUUCCUGUCCGCCAUCACGGUGCCACGGUUGCACAGUAGCCAUGGACCAAGGUCUAUGGACUGUAGGUCGCCGCUCUUUCUCGUCACUGGGUCUAAGUUUCUAUCAAGCAUUAUCUCUAUGUCUUCCUUUCUCUGUGCAAGCUCCCGAGUACCCUUCCCGUUCCUAUUCCAAAGCCUUUCCGUCGCUCAGACUUCUCCCCUUUCUCGAGCACGACCCUUGUCAACCUUCACCUCUGCUGCUUCUUCCCUCCUUCUUUCCUCCUUUCGCUCUUGUCACUUUUAGGAGAUAUACAAUUCCUAGUGUGAUUUUUUUGGCAUAGGCACGGAGAUCCUUGUUAGUGACUGACUUUGGCAAUAAUUCAUGUAUCCAUAUGAGGUACGAGAGGCAGAGAGCAAGAAAAGAACUCCGGCAUUGGAAGUGUUGUGUCUUAUUUUUUCUUCUGAGAUAUACAUGCAAGGAGUCAUGCCACGUUUGAUCAAGUGAUGUGCGAGGUCAGCUGAGAUAACUCCUGCAAGUUUUACGAUUCUAACAGAUAUCAGACUUCAGUUUGUUAAGUAGACAUCAGUAACUAAAAGUGAUCUAUAUAAAAACGGUGUCGUGCCAAUUUGAACUACCUGCGAUUUUUGUUAAGUGAACACAAUCUCGCUGUAUUUGGCGAAGAAAUGUUUUCUUUAACCGUAUUAAUGAUUUGUAAAAUGAAGCUCAUCAACAGCCACUUUCAUGUUGUAUGUACAUUUCACAGAAUAAGUAUGAUUUUUGGACGAGGCCGUGAGAAGCUCCACCGAGAGGUAUUCUUGUGUGUAUGUGAUGCAUCUGAUAUAUCUAAUUUGUGACGAGGAUGUAGAUGUUAUUAAUCUAUGAAUUUAGUAACAAAACAGUGUAGUUUAUUAGACUGUGAUAGGAUUGUCGUAUUGCUUUUUUAUAGUGAACAAAUAUUAUUAUCUAUAAAUCAUAGAAACAGUUUACCAUAUGAAAUAAACUGAUACUAUAAAUGGUGACGUCAUCUGUACUACGAUGUCUCACUUUUUUGCCUUGCAAUGUGGCGUCUGUUGAAUUAUGAUGUCUUUUCAAUGAUACAUUGCUGGAUUUUUCGGUGAAAGAAAUUGAAUUUCAAAUGUUUGGAUGUGCAAACUGCUGGAACAAUUGCUGCAUAUCGUGACUACAGUGAAAAAUGAAAUAUGUGGAAUAAAUCCGUUGAAAUUUGUGACGAGUACUAUUAAGAGUAAAUUAAACACAUGAUAUUUUCAAAAUACAGCAGAAACACGGAAAAUAUAUUGUUUGUAACUCAACUGAAAAUUGUGAAUGGAUGAUUUACACGAGUUGUUUGUAAACUGUAUUUUCAGUGGUUGUAAUCGGGAAAUAAGCUCUGCUUUGAUGAGAAGUCAAAACUCUGUGAAAUUUUUCGGUCCAUGUGAAACUGACUGACCUUCGACCGGGCGGACUGACCAGGUCAUCAUUUCGUGUUUCUCUUCGAAACCCAGACAGAAGUUGCUCUUUUCUUCCUUCAUCAUCAUCACCUUCCUCUUCUUCUUAUGCCCCUCUUCCUCUCCUUCCCUACUACUAUUACUAUUACUGUACUAUAACUUCUUAAUUUCGACUUAUUCUUCUACCUCUUCUCCUUCUUCCUUUUCUUCUUUUAACCAAAGAUAUUUUGGUGUGUGAGAUACUUAGUAUAGGAUAAGUUGCACAUCAUCAACUAACAGUAGUAUUAGGAUAGCUGGACAGCCUCCAGAGAUCCCUCUUAAAACGUGACCUCGUUCUGUAAAAAAAAAAGAUAUAUAUAUGUUACUGUUUUA